UUUUUUUUUUUCAAAGUAUUUUAUUUUUUUUUUUUAAAUAAAACAUGACUACUGAACGCGAAAAUAAUGUUUAUAUGGCUAAGCUUGCCGAGCAAGCCGAGCGUUAUGACGAAAUGGUUCAAUUCACCAAGGACGUUGCUAAGAUGGGUAAUGAAUUGACUGUUGAAGAACGUAACCUUUUGUCCGUUGCUUAUAAGAAUGUUAUUGGUGCUCGUCGUGCCUCAUGGAGAAUUGUUUCUUCUAUUGAGCAAAAGGAAGAAAGCAAGGGUAACACCGCUCAAGUUGAAAAGAUCAAAGCUUAUCGUCAAAAGAUCGAAAGUGAACUUCAAGAAGUUUGUUCAGAUAUUUUGAACGUAUUAUCCGAAGAUUUAAUCCCUAAUGCUCAAGGUGGUGAAUCCAAGGUCUUUUAUUUCAAGAUGAAGGGUGACUACCAUCGUUAUCUUGCCGAAUUCCUUAUUGGUGAUGCUCGUAAGAGUGCUGCCACCGAAGCACAUGAUGCUUACAAGAAGGCUACUGAUAUUGCCCAAACUGAAUUGGCUCCUACUCAUCCUAUUCGUCUUGGUCUUGCUCUUAACUUCUCUGUCUUCUAUUACGAAAUCCUUAACUCUCCUGAUCGUGCUUGUCAUCUUGCUAAGCAAGCAUUCGAUGAUGCUAUUGCUGAACUUGAUACCCUCUCCGAAGAAUCUUACAAGGAUUCUACUCUUAUCAUGCAAUUGUUAAGAGACAACUUGACCUUGUGGACUUCUGACUUGCAGGACGAAACUGAUAAGGCCGAAAGCAAGCCCGAGGAUGUUGAGGAAGCAAAAUAGAUAUAUUAAGAAUAUAAUAUUAACGAAAUAAAGGAUUAUUUUAUAAGAUCGUAUAGUGCUUUCAUAAAAAUAAUUUUAUUAUAGAUGUAUAAUAAAACUAAACUGUAUCAUAUAGCC